ACAGAACGCAUUAUUGCUUCUCCCAUCCCUCCGCUUUUCACGUCUCAUGCCGGUCGUUUGAUGGUCUUUUACCUUACCUUUUUGCCAAUUGCACUAAAGGGCACUGGAGCCAUGAGCUCACUUGGAGUUUUCCUCACUGUGUUGGCCGUGGGAUACGCUAUGUUGGGUAUGGAUGAGAUCAGCCACCUUAUGGAACAACCAUUUAAGGUUUGCCCACUUUAUGAUUUGUGCCGAAACUCCAUGCGGGACGUCACAGAUGCUUUCUUCAUGCGACCACCCCCCUUGAAUGACAGUCUUUCUUCGUAUCCCGACAUGCAUGCUCCCUACUGGAUCCCAGGAGAAGAAUUCGAAAGUACAGACAAAUUGUUGGAUGCUCCCAAGGGCAGAGCAGUUGGACAUCACAAAACUGGAGGAAAGUACUCCAGCACGAUGGAAUUGCUUUAG